AUGCGCGUCAGCCAGAUUGUAACCUUCUUGACGACUCUCGCGGGAGUGAUUGCUGCCCCGCUUGAGUCCCGCGCUGUAAUUAAUCAUGAUGCCGUUGUUGGUUUCGCCCAAGCAGUGCCGAGUGGUUCGCUGGGCGCUGCGCUACUGAAGUUCAAGCCGUAUCUAUAUAUCGUCAAUGGUUGUGUCCCGUUUCCGGCCGUUGACUCUGCCGGCAAUACUGGCGGCGGCCUGGCCACUUCGGGGAGCUCAAAUGGAGGCUGCAGCUCCAGUACUGGGCAGGUCUACGCCCGUGCCGUGCAGUAUGGAAAUUACUACGCGCUGAUGUACUCUUGGUACAUGCCGAAGGACUCGCCGUCCGAUGGUCUUGGUCACCGUCAUGAUUGGGAAGGUAUUGUUGUCUGGAUUGACAACCUUACCUCGCAGACUAUUAAGGGACUGGCAACGUCCGCCCACGGCGACUUCGACGUCAUCACAUCAGACUUUCCGCUCGAUGGCACCCGACCCAAGAUCAGGUACUACAGCGUGUGGCCUGUCAACCACCAGCUCGGCACCACAUCCACCAAGGGUGGCGAGCAACCACUCAUUUACUGGGACAACCUGACGAGUGCAGCCAGAACCGCCCUGACGAAUACCGACUUUGGUGAUGCUAUUGUGCCAUUCAAGGAUUCUACUUUCACUGCAAACCUGGCCAAGGCAGCAAUAUAG